AUGUCAUUACGUCGUCCUCGAAUGAAACACGAAGAAACUGAGAAUUACAAUUCUGAAGUCGUAAGUUUCGUAAGUCAGUGAUAUCUUUAGACGCCUUCUUUAAUAUAUCUUUGCUCAGUAUCUGUAGUGUUCUUCGACCGAUUUACUAAGCAGUUCAUUUGUCUGAAAUGUAAUCCAUUAUGCGAAGUGUCCAAGUCCCACUUCCUAGCGCUCAACAACAUUCUAACGGGACGGUCAUGGAAAUCAGGUAGGGUAGGCAGGUAGAGUUAACUGCCAGGGGAGAAGUAGAUCUCGUAAAGCACAACGGGACGAAUGAGCUCCAUAUAAACUAUCGGCGAGAGCCCCUCUACCGAAGUAAGGAAGAAUUGCGCUGACAAAUGGACCGUAGUGUUCCAGUCAGCUAAAAAAAACCCUGGCGCGCCGAAAGAACCAAAUCGCUGCUCUCAAAGAUGCGGCACCUUCGUUAACCACUGCAACAAAAGACGAGAAGAGACAUUAAACACCAUCGAUCACAAAUUUUCGAGAGCAUUUUGGAGCCAUCAAAGCUGCCAGCGGGCUUUUAGUAUUAAUCUGAUCAGGGGCUACACGCAGAUUGUAACAAGUGUGGGGACUGAAAAACCCACUGCCAGUGCAAACAACUUCAUUUUGUGCAUUUACAGGCGAAGCAGUUAUAGAAUUCGAAAAGGAAGAUUGUCCACAUGAGGAUAACUGAACACGUAUCAUUGGUGCAGAAGAAUGAAAUCAUUCUCCGUGUGUCGGCCUAUUCAACUGAGCCAGUUCGCAUCAUUCCGUCAGACGAAUCACAUAUAAUAGAGAGAUAAAGGCGGAUAACAGGGUGAGUAGCAGGUCGCCUGGCAUAUGCUUCUUCGACUAAUAGUCUAUCAACAAACAAGACAAAAUUCUGCAUUGGGCUAACAUUUUGCGUGGGCAGAGUAAUCAACCACCGGGGAAAGCGGAGGAAGACUAUUCCCACUGGCAUUAGUGACUGAUUCGCAGCAAAAUUUAGAGUAGUCAAAGACCCUCCAGACUUCGAAUUGCUGCCGAUUUGGCCUUUGAGUGUUCGCCCGGCCAGUGCUUUGCUCGUCUAAAUUGUUUGAGUAUCCAUUGACCCCGAAGAGGUUACGAAAGCAAUAACCGUUCAGGUUUUUUAUUUCUGAUGUGCUGCAGUGUGAUUCAACUCGGUAAACUAGAGAUCGGACACAGCUGCGUUGAAAAUACCAACGCGGGUUGCUGUUGAUGUGCAAUAUUUGCAUAAUAAAUAAAAAAAUAAAUAAAUUUUUUAUUUAAUGCCAGUUUACAGGCAUUGUCAAGGGAAGCGAUUAAACAUAAAUCCGACCGGCAGUGAAAAAAACUCCUGAGCUAAAGGGAUAAAAAUAUAGUUGAUUGUAGUUUUUAUGGUUUGGAGGGCUCAGGAGGAAAAACUGCCGGCGGUGGUAGAAUAUCGACCGUCAAGAAGGGGGAAGGUUGCACGGUAUCGGAGAUUAUCGGACGUCAAAUUCCUUUCAUGAAGCUGGGGAUAGCCAAAGUAGAGGCGUUGAGGAACAGCUGGUGAGACCGGCCAUAGUGUUCAGAGACCACAAACGCCAUCGCUACGGUACAGUCGAUCAGUAGAUUCAGCCCCAAAAUUUGUGGGAGCUUUUCUGAAUGCAAAAAUCGAGUAAUAGUUCUCUUAAAUAAAGGAUAAUUUUGCACAGUUUUCACACUCAUGGGUAGUUUAUUCCAAAUAGCAAUUGCAUUUACAGAAAAGAACCGACGAUAUUUAACAGUACGUGCCAGAGGCAGAAAUAAGAAGACCUCACGGUGACUGUUACGUCGUGGGUGGAUAUGAUGUCAAGUAAUGACUUAGUUGCCGACAUUCGGAUCGAUAAUGGCCGCGGUCUCAUUACUGGUCUGAACGAGAAUUACUCUGAACCUUGGCUUGUCAUUGCUGUUACCUGGGGUAGUAUUCAGUCGUGCGCUCCCCUCGUGNGCCGGUAUAGCGCCCUUACGCAACUGCGUUUGUGACUGAUCGGGUGGUUGCUAUUGAAGUUCAGUAUUUGCGUCGUAUUUGUCGCUUUCCUGAACACUUUGGUUUUUAGGCCACCACAAUCUUUGCGGCAGACGAGGACAUCCAGGAAGGCCAGCUGAUUGUUUUCCUCCUCCUCCAUCGUAAAUUGAAUGUCCGGGAAGACGGCGUUGAGUUGUUCUUUGAAAGUCAGCACCUGAUCCCGUUCGAUGACGACGAAGGUGUCAUCCACAUACCGAGCCCAGAAUUUCGGUCUGUGGUGUCGGAAAACCAGCGACUCCAGCCGUUGAAGGACCGCCUCGGCUAUGAGUCCCGAAAUCGGCGAACCCAUUGGCGUUCCCUUCACCUGCUCGUAGAUUGUUCCGUCGAAUGUAAAGUACGUCUUGAGACAGAACUUCAGGAGCUGGAUGAUUUGGGCGUGUCCGAGGCGAUUCUCCGUUUCGUCGUACUUCUCUCGUAGGAGUAGUUCGAUUGUCUCGACUGCCAGGUCCUGCGGGAUAGAAGUAAAAAGGGACGUGACAUCAAAGGAAACCAUGAUAUCGCUUGGCAGGAGACUUACUCCUUUAAGUUUCUCCAAGAAUUGCGUUGACGAGCUGACUGUGGUGUUCGAAUCGGAGGUCAGAAACUUGAGACGUUGGAACAGCCACUUUGCCAGUCCGUAGGUUGGAGUGCCCUUUAGUGACACGAUAGGCCGGAGAGGAGCGCCCUCUUUGUGCACUUUUGGGAGACCGUAGAAUCGGGCUAGGGCCGUUUCUUGUGCUCUCGCCAUGCGUCAGUCGAUUGGCGAUAUUGCACCUGAGUGAGAACCCGAAACGUCAGGCCAAUAAACUUCUUGUCCCAGUGAUCGCAUCUUCAUCUUCUGAACUGCUACCUGGGACUCGCCUGUUCGCUUCUAUCAGCGAUGAUGAUGAUGAUGAUGAUGAUGAUGAUGAUGAUGAUGAUGAUGAUGAUGAUGAUGAUGAUGAUGAUGAUGAUGAUGAUGAUGAUGAUGAUGAUGAUGAUGAUGAUGAUGAUGAUGAUGAUGAUGAUGGCGAUGAUGAUGAUGAGAAUCUUGUCAAACGAAGUCAUGUUAUCUUCUGA